UUUGCUGGCCUUAACAAGCAGUCAGUGUUACAAGUGCUAAGCUGUACUUCUGAGGAUGGGUAGUGAGUACGUCCAGUAUAACCACCGAGCAGCUCAGAAAUGCUACCACGAGCCCGUAACAAACAUUAAAUACAACAGGGCCACAAAAGCAGCGACGGAGCUGAAAGCAAAACCUGAAGACAACGAGGCGGUGCCGGGGCCGGAGCCAUUUUCCCUUCAGCAGCAGCAGCAGCAGCAGCAGCAGCAGGAGAAGAAGAAGAAGAAGAAGAAGAAGAAGAGGGGGAAGAAGAGGAGGCGGCGAGACAGGAGCCGGGGUCUGGAGCCGGGCUCCAAAUCCACUAAAGUUGCUGUCUAA